AUGACUACUCAUGUGACCAGAGACAUUGGUCCAAGGGUGAAUGCUUUGGAGAGAACCAUGACAUCUAGAUUGAGAGAUUUUAUGACAUUGAAUCCUCCUAUAUUUCUUGGUUCUAAGGUGGGAGAGAAUCCUCAAGAGUUUCUAGAUGGUGUAUAUAAGGUGUUGAGUGCCAUGGGGGUGACUUCUAAGGAUAAAACAGAGUUAGCUUCGUACCAAUUGAGGGAGGUUGCUCAAAGUAUGAGGGAUGGACCAAGUGAGAAAAAUAAAACUAGGUACAAGAAGAAAACUCCAAUUCUAGACGGACCUAGUGCUCCUAAGGUCAAAGUUGAUAAGGGUAGUGGUUCUCAAAACUGUAAGCCCACUUGUGUUACUUGUGAGAAAAAGCAGUAUGGGAAUUGUCUAGUUGGUACCAGGAAUUGCUUUAGUUGUGGUAAGGAUGAACAUAAGGCGAGGGAUUUUCCAAAUGUUUCAUUUAAAGCGGGAGAAGUAAAGGAAGAUCCUCCUUAUGGUCCAGAUGGUGGUGCUCUAAAGAGAAAUCGCUUCUAUGCUCUUCGAGCCAAAAGAACAAAAUCUGAUGAUGAUGAAGCCAUUAAGUUGUAG